AUGCCCAUCGUUUGCCCUGACCUGUUCAAGAUGUAUCCACCGUUCAGGUGUCGCUGUGCGUAUCAUCUUCUCGCCAUACUUCCGAUCGAUCCAGAAGCGCGAAGAUCCAGAGAUAUAGGCUUGCAGCGCAUCCAGUUUAUCAUCAGGAUACCGUUGACAGAGAUUCAUCGUAAACAUACGUCGCCGCUUGCCACCACCGAACGCCGCAUGCUUGGUGUUAUGGUUAAACAGGACCAGAUCCCCGGGGGUUGUCUCAAAGACCGUCGCUGGGACAUCCUUACCGUGUAUUUCCCAAAAGUCCUGGCUCUUUCCAGCCUGCUUAGAGAGGGCAUCCGCAUAGUUAUCGCCGAAGAGAUGGCUUCCCGGAAUAACGCGAAGCGCGCCAGUAUCGCGAGUCAGUGGAUCGAGAUAAAGCGCAAUCUUGAUGUGCAUCGGAUCUUCCAACCUAUGCCCACCAUCUGA